CCAUUUCUAUAUGUCGAUGGUUUAGUUGGACUAUCUCACAUUUAAAGCGUUUGUUGUUAUUGACAUGCCGAUAAUGUAAAAGAAAAAACUUUGUCGCAACCAGGUGCGCGUUGGGCUCUGCACCUUCUUCCUGAAGUGUCGAUUGUCGUUAAAGUGCAUGUGACUUAUUGUUGUGAAGUUCUGCUUUUAGAGCUAUCGAACUUAUUUCGAAUAAGUCUGCAGGUUAUGUGAUUUCGAGAAGUGUUUCGUUGAUAUUCGAUAAAGGCAAGUCAGUCAUGGGUCAGGGCACAGAGUCAUGUACGGAUAGACGGACAGAGGUCAGCGUAAUCAGAUUCGUGUCCAGGAAUCACACUAUAGAGGAAAUAGUCCCCAAAAAGGAAGUAUAUAUCUGCAAACAACGAGGCUGCGGUAAAAUAUUUGCGAACCAAGAUGAAUACAAGACCCAUGAGAUAUUGGAGACACUAAAGAUUCGUUUCAUUUGCCGCGAGCCCGGUUGCGGAGAGGAACUUUCCGAUCCAGGCGGUAUGUGGCGUCACUAUCAACAAUGGCACAAUGAGUCAAAUGUUUUCAUAUGUCCCUACACUAGCUGCAGUUCCACACAUAUGAACAGCGAAUAUCUUAAAGAGCACAUCGAUAUCUGCCACAGACAGCCACUGACUCUUUCAACUGAACCCGAAAUUAUCUGCUUCGUUGAAGGAACGGAGAACGCGAUCGAGGAUGACGUCAUUCAAAAAAGUGAAGAACGAUAUUUCGAAACGAAAGAAGAAGAUUAUCAUUAUAGUUUAGAUAAUUUAGGGCCUGGAAAAAGUGAAUAUUCAUUCAGAAAUAAUUGUUACUCUAUACAAGAUGAACAGACAAAAUGGAGAGUAGCCACGAAAGCUCAGAAGAAAGAGGAUUACUCUUUGGAAGGGAAACAAUUCAAGGAACAGAUAAAUUACUCUACUGAAAGUUUAAGCAGAGUUUGUGCUAAACUCCCACAGAAUGAAGAUCUUCUCAUCACGAAUGAGAACUUUCUUAUGAAGUAUGAAGCCAGGUCGUCUAAAUCUAAUGAAAAUCUGCAGGAGAAAGGCAGCGUUAUCUUCGUAAACGAUGAGGUAACGAUAAUCAAAAAUACAAAUUCAAAAAAAGGCCGCCUCUCUUCCUCAUCUCGGAAUCAUGGUAUAGAUCUGGAAAAUUUUGUAAAAGUUUUUCGUAACGGGUUUGAACGUGAAAAUGCCAAGAUGGAUGAUAUAAUUGUUAAUACAGAUAUUCAUUUUUCGAAUGAUGAAGAGUACACUCCAAAGAAGCAAAGAAUGUCGAGAUAUAAAGAGCAAACUUUUAGAUGUGAAGUUAACGGUUGUGGCAAGAUUUACAAGUAUAUAUCGCAUUAUCGCCAUCAUCAGGAUAGCCAUAAAUUGAUGACAAUCACAGACAACUUGAAUCUAAUGUCUUCAAGACUGAAGCAGGGAAAAGCAUCAACGGUCAGUUUUUAUCAAUGUAAGACGCCUGGAUGUGGUGCUCAAAUAAACAAUGCGACCAGUAUGUUUAAACACUACCAGGAUAAUCAUGCAAAUUCCAAACUGCUUUUAAAUCAAACGUUGAUGAGCAGUGAAGUCUUUCGGUGCAAAGUUUACGGUUGUGAAUUGGAGUUCGGGACAUCAUUGAUGCUGUGUAAGCAUGUGUAUGAGGAUCACAGCCUUUCGUGGGAUGGUGCAAAUACAAAGACUGGAUAUGUGGACAGUGUUCGCUUUAGUAAUCAAAUGAUCCACCAGGAUACUACCACUCAGAAAAACUUUAAGACUGAAUUAAAAGCCAAGAACAGCGUUAACUGUUAGAACGAUGCUGAUUGUGAAAAGUCGCCCAUUAACAAGAAAUCGCGAAAUCGAUUUUCACCCAAUUAGUAUUCUUAUUUAUGAAGAGAGAAGGGUGAUUUUAAACUCAAAUAUUUACGAUAAAUAUUUAGAAUAACUCCUUCAUUUAACUUCCAUGUUCAUCUUCUCUACUCAUUGGCAUUAUAAAAAUGUAGUUACAUACAAAACACGAUAUUCAUUAUACUGUACCUAUUAACAAUUUUAAUAUAUUGAAGCAAAUUCAGUAAAAUUGUAAAA